AUGUAUCAAGAUCAACAACACCCCGUUGGUGCUCCUCCUCCUCAAGGCAAUUCCCCUUGGUAUCCUCCAAAGGAAGGUUAUCCACCAACGGGAUAUCCUCCUGUAGGUUAUCCUCCACCACCUCAGGGUUACGGUCAGGCAUAUCCAGCACAAGGGUAUCCUCCGCCGCAAUAUCCUCAAGGUCCUCCUCCGCAGUAUCCUUAUCAGGGUCCCCCACCACCACAAUAUAGUCAGGCUCCACAAAAGAAGAAGAAAGAAUCAGGAUUUGUCGAAGGAUGUUUGGCUAUGCUCUGCUGUUGCUUUUUGUUGGAAGCUUGCUUCUGA